UCCGCCGCCUCUCAAUUCGUGUUUGAGCAUUUAUAUACUAAUUUCACAAGUUGCGUAUUUCUCCCCCCCUUUUCUUUUUCUUUCUUUUUUUUUUUUUUUUUUUUAUUAAUACAAAACGUUUUUCUUGUUUUUUUUGGUGGUAGGGAUUUUACAAGAAGCAGGGGGGGUUAUGUCUGCUGAAGUCUUGAGGAGUGCAUUUUCUGAAACAUAAAAUGAGUUCAUCGCGUUGAUUCGAAAACAAUUUUGGCGAAUUCCAGCAAUCGCAGCCAUUGGAUCAUGCGUUUUAGUUGGGGUGCUUUGGGGGAACGAUCUCUAUUUGGCCAACCUAGGUGACUGUCGAGCAGUGAUUGGUGGUUUAAUGGAAGGACAAUUGAGGGAACAUGCGAUGACUGUUGACCAUAAUGCUAGGUCUUCAAAUAUAAGAAAAGAAUUACAAGAAGCGCACCCUGAUGUUCCGGACGUUGUUCUUAAGAGAGGCGUUUGGCGGGUCAAGGGCAAACUUCAGAUAUCCAAGAUAUAAGCUCAACAAGCCUAUUGUUCGACCAGUGGUGAGAGCUGAUCCAGAGAUAACGAGGACAGUUUUACACACAGAUGAUAAAUUUAUUGUCUUCGCAACUGACGGGCUGUGGGAUGAAUUAUCCAAUACAGCGGUGGUUCAUAUAGUUAGCGGGGAGCCUCGACUGGGGAUUGCAAAGACACUCAUCAGAAGGGCACUAGAAAAAGCAGCAACCAGGAAUAAGAUGACGUACGAGCAGUUAAAGAGGCUGAACGAGGACCAGCGUGAAAGAAGAACAAUCCACGAUGACAUGACCGUCAUCGUGGUGUUUUUCGAUCAAGCAGCACCGAGUGAGGAACCCGUGGUAAGCUAUACCUUGGGUAAUGCUGGACCAUCAAGCAACCCCGGUGCUGGACCAUCAAGCAGCUCCAAUGCUGUUCAAGCUGUUCGUGGUAUCUACAGGGCCGAGCAGCUGGUACAUUGGAAACCCGAAGCUUGGAUCGGAGUUCAGUGCUUCAAAUCAUCCAUAAUCAACCUUCAACUUCACGGGCUGGAGCUCACUGGAAAUCUUGGCUAUCAGCUAUCCAAUCUAAAAACUUUGAAGCAUAUGGAUUUGUCGUUUAAUAACUUCACUCGAGAUCUGCCCACCUCAUUCAGAUCACUGACAAACCUUACAGGCUUAGUUAUAAUUUUCAGGUUUUUCUUAUCCAAUCUCUCGCUUACUGACUUGAAUAUCGAAGACAACCGUUUCAGUGAUGUUAUUCCUGAAAACUUUCAAGCUAUAGCCACCGCCUUGAGGAUUGGUGGGGUCGCUCUCGUUGCAUCAUUUUCGGCUAUUGCACUUGUGGUGCAAAAACACCGCUCACGUGGGAAAACACUCGGCAGCUUGGAGAGCAGUGAGAAUUCAAUGAGAUCUCUACCAAUCGGCACAGUCCAAGCAGAGCUUCAAAUAACAACAAACAGCUUUGGUGAAGAAAACACCCUCUGUGAGGGUUCCCUUGGUUCUGUUUACAGAGCAGAGUUUCUAGAUGCAGAGCAAUCGUUGACGAGAUGGGCUUCAUCGAAACUUCACGACAGCACAUCAUUAGGACAGAUGGUUGAUCCAGCUAUUAUAAGAACAAUCUCCUCCAAAUCUGCCUCUCGUUUCGCUGACAUCAUAUCUCCGUGUAUACAGCCUGAGCAAGAAUUCAGGCCCACCAUGUCUGAAGUUGCCGAGUCUUUGAUGCUUCUGCCGCAAAAGCCGAUUGCCCCAGAUGGCCCUGAAGCUGACUCUUUCGAUCGAUCUCUUAGGUCAACCAAUACCCGUUUCUGUGGAUCACCUACUCUAAGCUGCUACUCUGUUUAAGAGUCAGUUGUAAUAGCAUGCACUUUGAUUUCUUGAAAAUUGGUGUGUGUGAAAUAUAGGGUACAAGUGUUAAUAACACAUUGCAAUGUAAAACGGCAUUUCUAAGUAAAUAGACAAACACACUUUGUCA